UUGAGCCAAGCGAAUGGUACAUCACCCUAAAAGAUGGCAAUUUGCAGUCCAUUACUGAAAUGUUGAAAAGUAUGCUCCCUACCAAAAAGUAUUUGAUUGUUCUUGAUGAUAUGUGGGAGGAAGGUGUGGAUAAUUUGGAAAAACUAAAGCAUAUGCUGCAAUAUGGUAGGAAGGGAAGCAAGAUCAUAUUAACUACACGAAUGCAACAUGUAGUGGAUAAAUUGGAUAUUGGUGCUCUAGCUAGUCAAGGAAUAAUCUGCCCUAUGCGCAAGAGUGACCAAAUCAAUUUAAGCAUUUUAUCAGAUGAUGACUGUUGGAAUGUGAUGCGACAAACACCAUUCUGGCAAGAUGAGGAUCUAUGUGGAUUAGAAGCAAUUGGUAGACAAAUCGCCAAGAAGUGUGCAGGUCUACCACUACUAGCACGAUCUCUUGGAUUUUUGUUAUCCCAACAUAAGUCUACAGAGGCAUGGGAAGAUAUAAGGGACAAGAAGAUCUUUUUGGGUAUGGAAGAAAAUACUUUGUUUCAAGAGCCUUUGGAGCGCCUCAUGUUGAGAUAUUACUACAUGCCGUUAAAGUUCAAGUUGUGCUUCACAUAUUGUGCAGUUUACGCCAAGGGCUUUACUAUCGCUAGUGACAACCUCAUCCAGCAAUGGAGAGCCCUUGGAUAUAUUCAAUCAAUCGUCGAUGGCAAACACUGUGUUGACUAUUUGUUGGGGAUGUCUUUUCUUCAAAUUUCCAAGACUUCUCAGAAUGCUCCAGAGGAUGCUGAAGGUCCCAUCAAGGUGACGAUGCAUGAUUUGGUUUAUGAUCUUGCAACGAUAAUGCUUGGCCAACAGUUAUUUGCUCUAAAUGAUCCCAAAGAAUUGACUCAGAACAGCCUUGAGAAGAAUUAUUGCCGACAUAUGCAGUUUAUCAAUUAUCAGAAGCAGUCUAUUGAUCGGAAAAAAAUUCCAAGUAAAAUUAGAUCUCUCCACUUUACAGAGUGCGACAGAUUGCAGCUUCAAGAUAAGUCAUUCUCUAAAUGCAAGUAUUUGCAUGUCUUGGACAUAAGUGAAUGUUCCAUCCAAGGGAAAUCAGUCCCCAGCAACAUAUCGUUGCCCUCUUCCAUUCAUCAACUGAUGCUGCUAAGGUACCUCGAUGCCUCGGGCUUGCCAAUUACAUCACUUCCGAAAUCCUUGCAUAAACUUCAGAAUAUGCAGACACUAAUUCUGUCUAACUGCGCACUUGAAACCUUGCCUAAUAAUAUUGGUAGCCUUCUUAACCUUUGUUAUUUGGACCUAUCUGGCAAUAGCAGCCUCAAUAAGUUACACGUGUCAUUUGGGGAGCUCUCUGCACUCUGGCAUGUCAGGCUGUAA